UAAAGUCAGAACAACAUGUCCUCUGUCCAGCUGGUCUCAAUCGUCCUCGUCCUCCUGGCUUUGCUGUUGGACAGCGGCAUGUCUCUCGUCCUCCCAACGGACUGCAGCGACAUCAUCAACAACGACAGCAGCAGACCCAGUGGAGUUUACACCAUCUACCCCAUCGGAUCCACCUCUGCUGUCCAGGUGUACUGUGACAUGGACUCACUGGGCGGACGGUGGACGGUGUUCCAGAGGAGGAUGGACGGCUCGGUGAACUUCUACCGGCCCUGGGAUGACUACAAGACGGGCUUUGGUUUCGCUGCCGGAGAAUACUGGCUCGGUCUUGAGACUCUCUUCCACCUGACUCUGAGGAAGAAGUACGAGCUGCAGGUGGACAUGGAGGACUUUCAAGGCGGCAAAGUUUUCGCUCGGUACUCCUCGUUCUCCGUGGACCCAGAGGCCUUCGGGUUCACUUUGCAUGUUUCUGGAUUCACUGAUGGAGGGGCAGGAGACUCCAUGAGUUUUCAUAACGGACAGAAGUUCUCCACCUUCGACAAAGACCAGGACUCUUCGACUGUUAACUGUGCCAGAACAUACCUGGGGGGGUUCUGGUACAACGAUUGUCACGGCACAAAUCCCAAUGGGGUUUAUCUCUGGGGGGCUGAUGGCACUAUUUUUGCUAUAGGAGUGAGCUGGUUCACUUGGAAGGGUCACGACUACUCCCUGAAAUCCAUCAGCAUGAAGGUCCGUCCUGUACAGUAGUUCUGCAGGACAGCAACAUGUCCUCAGCUGAUAUCAAUCACAUGUAAUCACUCAUCACUUUAAGAUGGAAACAGAUCCACACAGUGUGAUCAUGUCUACGUUUUAAAUUCAAACUGAAUCACUAUUUGCUUCACGCUGACAAUAAAUGAAAACAAAUAG